AUGGACGGCAGAGGCCAGUCUUCGCACGCUCCCAGGCGUCGCAGUAGCUUCGACGGAAUCCUUCGCGAGCAGGCCACGACUCCUAAGGUCACGCCCGCCACUGUCGCCGGCUCCGAUGGCGGCCUGCGACGGCGACAGAUAGGCAGACAGCCGCAGCAAACUUCGCAGCAGCCUUCGCAGCAGCAGCGCCGCCAGGAGCAGCAGCAACAACAACAACAACGGGGAGCGGACAAAAAAAGCGGAGACAAAGCUGACAAGGGCGAGAAGGGCUUGGAGAAGAGCGAGAAAUUCGACAGGAGCGGGAGAUUCGAGAGGAGCGAGAGCAGGAGGGGCGGGCGGUGGGGGUGCAUCGACUCGUGCUGCUGGACCAUGGGGAACGCCGUGUUCCUCUGGUUCCUGCUCAUGCUCGCCUAUCACCUCAUGCCACGUCAGCAGAUCCAGGCCAUCCAGGACGCGCUCGUGGGGCUCCCCGAGGUGGAGCCGCCUGGCGCGCGGCUGGCGGGGGAAGGCGUGAAGGCGAAGCACCCCGUGGUGUUCGUUCCGGGGAUAGUCACAGGCGGGUUGGAGCUGUGGGAGGGGCGGCCGUGUGCGGCGGACCUUUUCAGGAAGAGGCUGUGGGGGGGAACCUUCGGGGAUGCUUACAGAAGGCCCGGCUGUUGGAUGGAGCACAUGUUGUUAGACAAUGAGACAGGCCUGGACCCUCCUGGUAUUCGCGUACGGCCGGUGUCAGGGCUGGUGGCGGCGGAUUACUUCUUACCCGGGUACUUUGUGUGGGCGGUGAUCAUCGAGCAGCUCGCCAAGAUCGGCUAUGAGGAGCGCAACAUGUUCAUGGCUGCUUAUGACUGGCGCCUCUCGUUUUAUAACACGCAGAAGAGGGAUCAAACGCUCAGUCGCCUCAAGGCCACCAUUGAAAUGCUUGUGAAGACCAACGAGGGCAAGAAGGCCGUGGUAGUGCCUCACUCCAUGGGAGUGCUCUAUUUCCUCUUCUUUAUGAAGUGGGUCGAAGCACCCGCGCCCCUGGGAGGAGGAGGGGGCCCGCGGUGGGUGCACAAUCACAUCCGGGCCGUCUUCAACAUCGGAGGGCCGCUUCUAGGGGCACCCAAGGCGUUCACUGGACUCUUCUCAGCAGAAGCUAAAGAUGUAGCGGCUAUCAGGGAACUAGACCCGGGGGUGUUUGAGCGCCUGCAGGCAUGGCAUCCGGUAACAUUCCAACGCUUGUGCAUGUGUCUCCCCACCUUUCCCCCCAUCCUGAGCGCUAGACCCGGGCGUGUUUGGGAGCCUGCAGGCGCUGCAGCAUGUGAUGCGGGUGUCGCACACAUGGGAUGCCACCAUGAGCAUGCUGCCCAAGGGGGGCGAACAGCUUCCCUGUCGUGUGGAGGAGUGUUUGGGGGGGGGGGUCCAGCUUUCUUGCUAACCCUCCUUCUCACCACCCCACCACCACCGUCCGCACCCACUUUCAACCCUCAAUACCACUGUUUCGGAUUGGUUUUAAUCCCUUCUAUCACCAUUCUGCACCCACUCUCAUCUCCCGCCUUCUUCACCAGGGCGCUAGAUCCAGGCGUGUUUGGGAGCCUGCAGGCGCUGCAGCAUGUGAUGCGGGUGUCGCGCACGUGGGAUGCGACCAUGAGCAUGCUGCCCAAGGGGGGCGAGGCCGUGUGGGGCAACGCCACGUGGGCGCCCGAGGACUCCUUCAACUGCUCCAAGGCGCGCGCGAAACAGCUCCACCUGCAGCAGCAGCAGCAGGCGGGGGAGAGUGGGGGGAACAGCUCCAAGGCGGGAGGGGAUGGGAGGGCGAAAGGGUCAGGCAAGGGGCUGGGAGUGGAGGGGUUUCUGCGGACUUUGAUGGCGGAAGGGGCGUCCUCCUCUGCCCCUUCCUCCUCUUCCCCCUCGUCUGCUUCCUCCGCUGCUGCUACUGCCUCCACUACUGGUGCUCACUCCGAGGGGUCUGGCGAUGGCGGGCAGAGUGGCAGUGAGGGCGAUGGUGCCAAGGCAGUGGCGAGGGCAGCAGCGGCCACGUGCCCUGCAACUUUCCACUCCUACUUUCCCUUACUCUACGUGUCAUUUGGAGAAGCGUCAGCCACGCUCUCGGAGUCCCUCGUGUGCCCCUCAGGCGCCAAGGCAGCAGCCAGGGCAGCAGCUGCCACGUGCCCUGCCGCCUCCACGUGCCCAGCCACGUGGGGCGGGCAGCAGUACGUUCUCUCCGACCCCUGUAGCUGUGCCAUGCGCGAUUUGCUGCCGGAAGGGGAUGAUGAGUACAGUGACGAGACUGCUUAUAAGGGGGCGGAGGGGAAGGGAGGGGCGAGUUCUGGAGGGGAGAGGGACGAGUCAGAAGGAAAGGAAGAGAAAGCGCCUGUGAGGGAGAGUCGGCGCAAGCAGUGGCAGCGGCAGCUGGAGGAAACAGUGUUUCAGCACCUGCAGUCGCGCAACAAGUCGUGCGGGGAGGUGUGGACCGAAUAUCACGACAUGAGCUGGCAUGCGCUCAAGGACAUCGCCAACUGCCCCUUCUACACCGCGGGCGACGAGAGCGACGGCCCUUCUGGGGGCAUUCUGGGGCUGCUGAGACAGGUGGCGCCCAAGACGAUGGCACGAGCGGAUGAGAACUGGAGCUAUGGGAUUGCAGAGGAUCUGAGCGAGAGGAAGUAUGCGGAGGAGCCCAAGUACUGGGCGAACCCCCUGGAAACCAGCCUGCCCGACGCCCCGGAAAUGGAGGUGUACUGCGCGUACGGCACGGGGCUGCUGACAGAGAGGGCGUACGUGUACCGCCUGUCGCCCUCCAACGACACCUGCCUCAUCCCCUUCCGCAUCGAUGCCUCUGCCAAUGGGCCGCCUGGCCAGGCGGGGGACUGUCUGACAGAGGGGGCAUACUUCACGGACGGAGACGAGACAGCGCCCGUGCUCUCCAUGGGGCUGCCGUGCGCCAAGCUGUGGCGCGGCCGCACGCGCUUCAACCCCGCCGCCUCGCCCACCUACCUCAGGGAGUACGAGCACCGCCCCACCUCGGGGCUGCUGGCAGGCAGGAGCACGCAGAGUGGCAGCCACGUGGACAUCAUGGGUAACUUUGCACUCAUUGAGGAUAUUUUGCGGGUUGCCGCUGGUGCAACGGGGGCGGAGAUUGGUGGGGAUCAGAUUUAUUCUGAUAUACUGCACUGGGCCGAGCGGGUUAGUAUAAAACUGUAG